AUGAGCAAUAAUCAAAUAGUCCAGCGAGUGCUUGACUUAGCUCUGAAAGGAGAGACGGAGAAACUACAAAACUGUAACAUCAACUGCAGAAAUAGAUAUGGUAUUUCAGCGCUGAUGAUAGCUGUUAUGAAAAAUAACCUUCUGGCCUUAAAGACGUUGAUAUCUGCAGGCGCCGAUGUUAAUUUAACACGUAACAACUCCAGGUUCAUUACAGCACUGACCAUAGCCGUCGAACGACAGCAAGUUGAGUGUGUUAAAGAAUUAAUCAAGGCUGGAGCUUCCUUGGCCUGUCAGAAAGCCAUCGAUGCUUUAAAGAUGGCGAAAAAUUAUAACUUCCUGCAUUUGGUUGUUGAAAGAUAUCGUGGAUUUACUGAUCAUUCGGAUCAUAGUCCUUUGACACCGUUUUACUUAGCUAAUCAACAUAAAUGUUUUGAUUUGCUUGUCGAUUUAAUUAAUGGCGGAAGUGCAGUCGACAUAGAAUCACUACAAUUUGAAGAUUUUAUUAGACCUGAUAUAUUUAAUGCACUGAUUCGCUCAGGUAAAGUCGAUGUAAACAAACAAUAUUGA